AUGUCGCACGCGUCCGGCUCGGGAUCCGUGAUAGGCAGAGACCCGCUUCCGCCCAGGGCCGUCAGCACGUCUCAUCUGCCUCAGAGAACGCUGACUCAACCGCCAACGGCGGUGUCCACUCUUCCGCUACCGAGAAACAGUACCGGCAGCAGCCAUCGGCAGCACCCGCUUCCGCUCCAUCACUCGUCUCCGCUGCAGCAGCAACAGCAACAGCAGCAGCCGCAACCGCCUAUGAGGCAGCUGCAGGAGAACGAGUCAACCGCCCAGAUGCUGAGGGCCGCCAGCAACGGCGACAUCGGCAAAUGCCCCGGCAUGGUUACCGGCAACGACAUGAGGGACCUGAGGUUAGCAUCGCCGGGCGGUCAUUCCACUCAGCGACUGAUCAGCCCGAUCGGACACUUGCGGGUCACUUCGUUAAACGACCAUCGUGUUUCCAGUCCCAGUGACAGUGAGAUACGCGUGCACAGUCCAAGCGAGAGAAAAAUGAUCAGCCCGAUCGGCAGGGAGGUCGACCGCGGCGGGGGCACGAUGACGGCGGGUCAGAGACAGCAGGUCCAGCAGCAGCAGCGACCACGCGCGGAUUGCAGCGAGCUGCUACAUAAAAGGAGUAACAUCAGCUCCCUGCGAGCGGAUGCCGGCGGCAGGCUGGUGACGCAGGCUGCAGGCGCGUCCGGACUGGUGCGCGUCUCCGCCGGCGAGCUCCUCGGCAGGACCCACGAGGAACUGGUGCUGCUGCUGAUCCAGCUACGACGGCAGAACGCGACGGUCCUCAAGGCGAUGGAGACGUGCCACAUGGAAAUCGAGGCGCAGGCUAGACUGGCGGAUCUCGACACGCCGAGGCGGCUAGAAAAUCUUCAAAAACUCGAGGAACUCAAGAGGCACCUGAUGGAUCUCGAGAAGCAGUACGAGAAGAGCAAGCCUCUCGUGAACCUCGUGGACAAUAUGGUGAAGCUGGGUUCUUUAUACAAUCGUAACACUGCCAACGGGACCAGCAAUGUUUCCGGUUCUCGACACGACCUGAUGCACGAGAGCGCGAGGGAUCAUCGCGACCGUUUGGAAUUUAACCAAAGAGUGCAGGAGCAGCGACUGUUGGCCGAGGAGCGCAGGGAUUGGGACAGGCUGAGUCCCGAUCACGGACAAUUGCAGGCUAAAGUGCAGCAGCUCUACAAACUCGAUCGGCUGCUCCAGGAGGAAUCUGGCACGCUGCAUAGUCUCCAGCAGGACAAGGAAAUACUCGAGAAGGCUUUGGGCGGGCUGCGGCACAAACUGCAAGGUAGCAGAAGCAAUUUGGCCGAGGCGGAGCGAUAUCGGAAGCAGCAACUCCUGUUGGAGCGCGAACUGAGCAGAGUGAGGAUACUGCUCGCUCAUAAUUCGAAGAAACUCGAGGAAACGGUCGCCGAGAACGCGAGAUUGGAGCAAGAUUUGGUGGUGCUGAGGCAAAAGGUGCAAGCAUCCAGAAGAUACGCCGGUAACGUCGCGCGGGACACCUCGAGCACGACCGCACCGCUGGAAGCGGAAUUACGACGAGUGCAACAACUCGUCGGCGAUCUGCAGAGACAGAGGAAGGAGUUGAGCAUUCAAGUUCGCCAACUGACGGAGAAAUCUCACAGUUUGGUGCAGCAAAUUCGUCCGCAGCCACCGCACGCUCCUCAGGUGCACCAUUCGAAGAAACGUACGCAAAAUUCCUGGCUGGAGACCGAUUUGGAUUCCGGAAUAACCCUGGACCACGGUUUGGACUCGCCGUCGAGCCCGUCUCUGUCUAUCUCACCCCCGAACAAGCAAAACGACAGCUCUCAUCACCAGCGAUACGGCUCUCCUACGCAGUACAAGGACUUAUCCCCGUUGAAUCGCCCGCAUAAUCAGCAGUCCUUCGUACAACCCUCACAAAAUCACAUAUCGACGCUCUCGCCGCAGCUGCGCGAGCAAAUUCAACAACACCAAUUAAAGCAACAAUUGUUGAAGGAUCAAAUGCAGGGCAAGGGUAGCACGAUUCAAGUGGUGCCUUUGUACGUUAAUACGGAUUCGAGUAGAGUAGCAGGCGAUUACAUCGUCGACACGAGCAAGCAUAACGGAACUAUAUUGAAUGGCACGCCGAAUCCUGCUCCGGAAUACAUCCCGCCGCCGCCGCCGCCUCCUCUGACCGAGGAGGCAUUGUUGCUGAAUGAUAAUUACAGACAAAACGAGGACAACAAAUUCGCCGGAUUAAUGCACAGUCGCGAGAAGCAAGAGAUCAAAACGGUACGCAUAGUGAAACGCGAGUCGGAGAGGCGACAGAGGGACCGCGGCGACAGAACCGGCAAUAUCGGGAUUCCCAUGACGAACGGCCUCCAAGCGCCGGGCGGCGCGAAGAGACUGUCCGACGAUGAUUUCGGAGGCUCCCAAAAAUUCGAAAAAGCUCAGCUGGGCAGAGUGGUGGAGGAAUCGCCGAUCGUUCACGCGCAGAGCACGGGUCAGCUGUCCGAGCUGGACGACGUUCAUUUCCAAAGAAGCAUGUCUCUGCCACGUGGUUUCGGUGGACAAAAACAGCACUCCGGGAUACCCUACGGCCCCGUGGUACCUCCACCGCGAAGCGACAGCAUGCACGCCCUGAAGAGCAUGAUGGCGCGUCGGCAUAAGAUUAGGUUCGAAAGCCACGACGGCAGCUCCGAUAGCACUUUGUCACCGUACACGGACAGUCCUACGUCCAGCUCUCACGUGCCGAUGAGCUCGCCCAACUACUCCACCGCCUCGUCGUACAGCCCGUCGUGCCAGAGCCAGAAUUAUCCGUCGCAAGCGGCGGCGGCGGCCGCCGCGCAGUCUCACUAUCACAACUACUCGCACGGACCGUACAGGCAAUACGAGAAAAUCGGCACUCUCGCGGGCGCCAUGAGCCCCGAAUUAACGUCGCCGACUAACGCGGUCGGCGGCACUCACGACAGACCGGCCGCCGCGCCGACGGCGAACGCGAACCAAUCCGAGUCGCCGCAAUUGUCGCCGGUGUUCAAGAGCGAGGCUGCCAAACAGAUUAUCAAAGAGAUGACGGAGAAGAGGGUGGAGGGACCGAGAAGGAGGCAAAUACCUCGCGAGAAAAGGCGGCACUACACCGUGUCUAGUAGCAAACCGGUGCUCGAUCUAGAGGAUACUUUCUCGAAGAUGGGUAUGGGUAGAGCCAGGGACGAUCUGGACAUGGAAAGAGCGCUGAGACCGAGGAUAAACGCCCCUGACGUGGUGCGAUCGACGUUAAGUCACAAGGAGUUGAAGUAUAACGAGAGUACCAUAGACCAGCUGUUAGGCACGCCUAAUAAGAUUGUCAUUCCCGAGCGAUAUAUUCCUGAGCAGACGCCGGAGCUAACAGCGGAAGAGCAGGAGCAACGCUUAAAGAAGGCGGAAGCGAUUAGGAAAAUGCUCUCGGAAACAACCGUGACCGCACCGGAAGGUGGCGACGAUGAUUCUAACGUAGAAAAAUCAGACACCUUGAAACGCAAAGUGGUGGAAGAGAAACGGCAGAGGGAACACAUUCUUCAGCUCAAUCAGAUACUGGCGAAGCAAGUGAUGGAGAAAAGUAAAAUGGUAGCGGUGAAAGCUCUAGCAACGCUUCCUCUGAAAACGGAAUCGAGCUUAGACGACGAGGAUCUCUCGCCCGUGGCUUCUUUACCGCUUUAUCAGCAAAGAGAGAACUAUUACACCUAAGCACGUCGCUACAACUAAACUUCCACACAUACACACACACACACACACACACACAGAAGCACAAAACUACUGCCAAUACGAAGAACACGAAA